AUGUUGAAUUUUGCUGGCGCCAUGAACAAGUUGUCGGUGAGCGGCAGGCUUCUGACGCUGAGCCCGGCGUUCGAUUGCAACUUUCGUGUGACCGUCGAAGGGCCAAGCGGCAAGUGCCUCUGUGGGCACCUCCCGAUUGGCGUAGACGGCCGCAUUCGCUACAGCCCAACAACUGAGAUUUUUGGGGAAUGGUCUUCUGCCGGCGUCAACGUGCCGUUUGAUUUUAUCCACGAGCCUCGGCCCCGGCUCGGUGCAGCACUGCAAGUCUCUGCUGUCCUUUGCCCGGCUUGGAGUGCAAAUCAGUGUCGCUUGACCCUGAGGGAUCCGGAGAUAACGGAGCUGCAUUUCCAGCUUGAUGUCAAGGGAAACGGUGAGUGCAAGCCUCGGCAGUUCGAUGCCGUUCGGUUGGAACAGCAGUGCCGAGCACAUGUCUCAGGCUCAGGCCAGCUCAGCGACUGGUCCUUAGUGCCGCACGGGCAGCUCAGGACUCCAACCUACAAAGAGACAGGGUCUAACAGGGGGGCUCAGGCAUCACGGCGGCUCAAAGACAGCUCGCCAUCGCAAGACAGCGAUGACGACAGCUCCGAUGACGACGGCGCAGACAGCGCUCCGCCCAGUGAGUUUGUGGGCGUUCCUUGCAUUGACCCGGCUGCGAAUGUGUCGAACUCGGAGAAUCGCAUCAUGUUCGUGGGAGUGGUGGCAUCGUGCCAGUGGUGCCCUGAAGGGCCGGUGCUCGUCGCGCCUUCGACCCUGGCGAUCUUCUCUCUUAUCAGCUCAGGCCCGGGAAGUGGCCGCAUGCCCGAAAAAGAAUGGCCAAAGGCAACUUGGAACAGAGCCAUUGCCACGCGAUUGCCGCGCGAGGUCUCCAAGCUGCUGGAUGAGACCUUGCUGGAAAGCUUGAACAACAUCUUGCGCCAUGUUCUCGCCAUCGGGCCCGGCAUUCUUAUAUCCGCAUGGACAGCAAAGCUGAUCUUCGUACAGUCCACUAUCCCAGGGUACUUCUCCUACUUUUUCACGAUGGUCUACAGCCCGGCAGCCUGGGUUCUGAACAAUGUGUGGCAUCAGACAGCUGAUGAUUGGAGAUUGUCUCUGGGCUUGGCAGCCAUGGCAUUCUGGACAAUCCCAGUCUCCGUGGUUGGAAUGAAGUAUGGGUUGCAUCGCCCCAUGUCCGUGGCCAGGGCCAUGAGUCUGGUGAAUAACCUGCUGUUGCUGUACUACUUUGUUCUUUUUGCGGCCGUCGUGUUCAUCGUGAUGUUUGUUUUCAGCGAUGAGCCGGAAAGUGAAGCAUACUUCAGUGUGAGUGCGGCUUUUCGUCGCAAGCUUCGACCAGGAAAAUUGAGCAAGGAAGGCGAGGGGUGCUUUAAAUGGGGGUCCUUGGCAGAGUCUGUUAGACAGCGCAUUAUUUCGCCAGCCGCUGAGACCGAAUCCUUCGCGGUGUUUUUCAUCACCUGCUGUGCUGCCACGGAUGCCUUCAUCAUGGUAAUCGUGAAGGCCAGACGCGGGGGGCCCUUCUGCGAGCAAGUGAAGUCGAUGCUCCAGCUGGCAAGGAGGGCUUGCAAGACCGCCUCCGCCGACAAAAAGAACAUAUCAUUGAACGUGCCUGCAGCCGAGGCAGCUUGUGCUGGCAAGCCACUGCCGACGGUGCAGGCCGUGUCGCAGCAUGCAGACUAUGCAGUGGAAAUGGCUCCCUCCAAGUACACCUUGGACAUCAACGGGAAGGAUCCGCUGGAGCUCCUUUCGGACGACACAUGGGAGGCACUGUGUUGCGAAGAGAUCACCAUCGUCCCUGCUCUCAAUACCGAGACAGACGUCGACUUGAUUUCAGGGAAGCUUGGCCCACUGCGUGCUCACACCCCGCUGAAGGUGAAGCUGUGGGCAGCCUUGCAAUAUGCGUCGAAGCACGAGUGCCAGAUCGAAUUGCCACAUUGGCUCGAGGCAUCGGAGCUGGAGACCAUGUGCAAGGAAGAACGAGCCGAACCCCUGAAGUUCGGCAACGUGCCGCGACACUACAUUGAGAUUGCGGAGGCUUUGUUGGCCAUUCCAAGGGCCUGGGGUAGCGAGUCAGCUCGUGAGAAGAGCCUGCUGAUGCUGACCAAGCUGAUCCAGAUCAGACGCGCUAAGAUUUUGGAAGGCAUUCAGGCCUUUGAUGCGACCUUGUCGACAGAGUUCAAAGUCACCGGCAUGUCUGCUGCGGAGAUCACCUGCUUCCGAACUCGUUCGCUGGCCUUCCUGGACACAAUGCUGGAGCUGCUGAACUACAGACUCGACGAGACCGAGAAGGGCGGGGUAGCAGAGGCUCCAAUUGAGGAGGCAGACGAUGAAGACACUCUCUAUGCCAUCGAGGAGCAAGUGACCCGAGAUUGGCUUCUCCUUAUGAAGGAGUCCUCGGACGAAGGCCAACCCUGA